AUGGAUUCUGUGUCAUCUUCGAGAUCCCCGUCCUGGACCCAGGAUCCCAAAGACGAAAAAGUUAUUGGCGUGACCGAGGAUACCUAUUCGGGCAGCGAGUAUGAACGCUUUCUCACACUGGAGGCUGCCUUUGAGGGCAGUGCCAAGAAGAAGUUGCUCCGGAAGCUUGACAUGCGUCUGCUUCCGACUCUUAGUUUCUUGUAUUUGAUGUGCUCUCUGGACAAGGCGAAUGCCGGGAAUGCCAAGCUCUUCGGUUUCCUUGAAGAUGUCGGCAUGUCCGGAACCCAGUUCAACCUGGCUUUGAUGUACUUUUUUUUCACAUACGGCCUCUGGGAGCCGGUAUCCAACAUUCUCCUUCGCCGGCUUGGUCCAAAGAUCUGGUUCCCCGUUAUUGUCACGGCUUGGGGCCUGGUGACCACUUUGACGUCCCAGGUCAGCAGCUAUGGCGGGUUCAUUGCCAUCCGUCUCGUGCUUGGUAUUACCGAGGCUGGUUUGUACCCGGGUUCAUACUUUAUCUUGUCCAUGUGGUAUACCCCCAAGGAACUUGCCACAAGGAUGGCCAUCUUCUACGGUGCCAAUACAGCGGCCGGUGCCUUUGGAGGCGUGAUUGCCUAUGGCGUGGGAAAUCUCGAUGGUGCCAUGGGAUGGAGGGCUUGGAGGUGGCUGUUCCUCAUUGAAGGAGUCAUCACCAUAUUUGCCGGCCUUUGCUGUGUUUUUCUACUACCAGCAUUCCCCCAUCAAUAUAAUGACAAGGUCAGUCGAUGGCUAAAGCCGGACGAGCUCGACUAUGCUAGCUUGCGUGUCAAGUAUGCCAACGGGCCGGAUUCGCCAACGUAUGAAUUCCGUUGGGGCGAUGUCAUUGCAGCUGCCAAAGACCGCAAGACGUAUCUUAUGAUGAUGCUCUUCUGGUGGGGAGGUUCUGUGCCUACUUACUCUCUCUCCUAUACUUUGCCAACCAUGGUUAAGAACCUCGGCUACAGCGCAGUGAAAGCGCAGGCUAUGACGACCCCGCCUUAUAUCUUUGCCACCUGUGUGUGCGUACUGGUGGGCGUGCUGAGUGACAGGUUUCAACAACGCUUUUACAGUAUUAUGGGGGCUUAUACUCUGGGACUGAUCGGCAUUGUUAUUCUUUGGAUCACCACGCAUUACUCACACCUCUCUGGUGUGAGCUACUUUGCCAUUUUCCUGGCCGCAGCCGGUUAUUCGGCCCAGGCCCCGAUUGUCGGCGCAUGGACCAGUGUCAACGUGACCAACCCGUCCAAACGCGCAGCGGCAAUCGGUCUUCUCAUGCUUCUCGGUAGCGUUGGCGGAGGCAGCAUUGGCUCCAACAUCUAUCUCUCCAACGAGGCUCCAACAUACCCUCUCGGCUUCGGAUUCUCGGUUGGCGCGACAGUGCUGGGCGCGAUGAUCCCAGCCACUAUUCAUUGGUAUCUGUUGCGUAGGGAGAAUAAGCGUCGUGACGGGCUGGACGUGGCUGCUAUUGAGAGAGAGUACACGAAUGAGCAGCUGGGAGAACUAGGCGAGGACUCGCCACUUUUUAGAUUCACGCUGUGA